AUGCUGGUGACCUAUUUGGAAGCCAGCCGGGACCUUUGCGAGACGGACUCAAUUCUUUUUGGCGCCGCACUGGCAGUAUGCCGUAUUAUUGGCGCCAAACUUCCCAUGGCUGGACGUGCUACUCAACAAGGUAGUGCCAUCCCAGCCUGGAGAAAAAGAAUCGAGGACUGUAUCACAAAGGCAAGGGCCCUUAUCGGCAGACUGACAAGCUUCAGGUCGGGUAAUAUUAGACCGAGAGUUGUGCGCACCGUUAGAAUGGCGUUUGCUGGGACAAAUAUUAGUUUGUCCCAGCCGGAUAUCACGCAGAAACUAACGGAGCGCAUAGAUGACCUGAAGCAAAAAAUCGCUGCUUGGGGGAAGCGGAUUCGACGAUUUAGCGAGAGGUCAAGGCGGUUCAACCAAAAUCGUCUCUUCCAGAGUGAUCAGAAGAGGCUCUAUAAAUCAUUGGAGCGACCAGAGGUAUGUGGAGCGGGCCCAGGACCGGAUCAGGCUGACACUGUCGCAUUUUGGCGUGGCCUGUGGUCAGAGCCCGUAAACCACAGCGAGGGCCCUUGGAUGGAAGUUGUGGCGAGCCAGAGUGCAAGUGUUACGCCUAUGGACCCCGUCACCAUAACGCCUGAAGACGUGGCUGAGGCGGUCCGUAGGGCCCCGAACUGGAAAAGUCCGGGGCUCGACGGGCUGCAUCAUUACUGGCUGAAGGGGUUCGUAGUGUGUCACGCUGUGCUCGCCCGACAGUAUCAAGAGGCUCUCGAUCAGAAGUCGCUCCCGAGCCUCUUCACUACUGGGAUCACUCACUUGGUUCCUAAAGAUCAGGAUACCACAGACCCGAGCAAAUACCGCCCCAUCACGUGGCCGCUGCCUGGGGGUCGCCGGGGCGCGUCUGGAGCUGGCGCUGGACGCGGCAGCAUGCGGGCCGCCAGCCGAGCGCGAGGAGCUGCACGGUCACCUACCAGCCCUCCGCAUCCAUCAUCCCCACCAGAAGGCUUGGUGUCGGCUGGGUCUUCUCGGACUCAGCAAGCGGCACCCGCCGCUGGUGGAGCACGUCGCAUGCGUUGGUCACAAGAAAUGAAUGCAAACGCACUGCGGGCGUACUUUAGGGCAAAAGGGGAAGAAACUGGAUGUUUGGCGUAUCGGGCUAGGAUGCAUCGUCUUUUUGCUGAGCUGGAGCCAUCUUUAAUCGUCACAGAGCAAAACCUGGCAGACCGAGUUCGGUAUAUCUUGCGCUCAAAUAUAUUUGAUGUCGCCGAACUCGAACGGCUACGACGUGAGGCUGUUCCCUCGUCGGAUGAGAAUGCUACGGCUGAGGAUGCGGCGCCACAAAUGGUAGAGCAACCCGCAAACGUGGAUGCCGCCGUGAAUACCCCAGUUGUGGUUGAUUCAAACGAUGAUGGAACAGUCGCCCAGGAACUGGAAUUAGAGCAUAUGAGGAGUAUAUUGGAAGAGGCGAUUGUGGAAACGCGCAGUACGCCUCUCGAAAAUCGACCGCGACUUUCCCGCAUAGCCCUAAGCAAGCGGAAUCGGGCUGUCGUGAGGGCUCUGAACCCAAUGCUGGUUACCUAUUUGGAAGCCAGCCGGGACCUUUGCGAGACGGACUCAAUUCUUUUUGGCGCCGCGCUGGCAGUCUGCCGUAUCAUAGGCGCCAAGGUUUCCACGGCUGGACGCGCUACUGGCCAUAGUAGCGCUAUCCCAGCAUGGAGAAGAAGAAUUGAGGAACGUAUCGCAAAGGCUAGAGCUCUCAUCGGCAGACUGAUAUGCUUCAGAUCAGGCAACAACAGGCCAAGAAUUGUGCGCACCGUCAGGAUGGCGUUUGCUGGGACAAAUGUCAGUUUGUCCCAGCCGGAUAUAACGCAAAAACUGACGGAGCGCAUAGAUGAUCUGAAGCAGAGAAUCGCUGCUUGGGGAAAGCGGAUUCGGCGAUAUACCGAGAGGUCGACACGGUUCAACCAGAAUCGUCUCUUCCAGAGUGAUCAGAAGAGGCUCUAUGAAUCAUUGGAGCGACCAAUGGUAAGUGGAACGGGUCCAGCACCGAAUCAGGCCGACACUGUAGCAUUCUGGCGCGGCCUGUGGUCAGAGCCCGUAAACCACAGCGAGGGCCCUUGGACGGAAGUUGUGGCGAGUCAGUGUGCGGGUAUUACGCCCAUGGACCCCGUCAUCAUAACGCCGGAUGACGUAGCUGAGGCGGUUCGUAGGGCCCCGAACUGGAAAAGUCCGGGGCUUGACGGGCUGCAUCACUACUGGCUGAAGGGGUUCAUGCAACUGUUUCAAAGAAUAUCUUUGUAA